UGGACCCGAGCCACAGCAGGGAUGAAUGCAUCUGAUGAGUCCUCCUACCAUGAGGAGGUGCUCCUGGGUAACUCCACCUGGGCUUACUCUUACUAUCACCAAAACUACACCCUGCCCCCUCCACUGCUACCAGACAAGAGCAGCACCUCCAAACCAGCAGCAUGCGAGCAGGUCCACAUCGCCAUAGAGGUCUUUCUGAUCCUGGGUAUCAUCUCCCUGCUGGAGAACAUCCUGGUCAUCACAGCCAUAGUAAAGAACAAGAACCUCCACUCGCCCAUGUACUUCUUUGUCUGCAGUCUGGCAGUGGCAGACAUGCUGGUGAGUGUGUCCAACGCCUGGGAGACCAUCAUCAUUUACCUUCUUAACAACAGACAGCUGGUGGUGGAGGAGCACUUCAUCCGGCAGAUGGACAACGUGUUUGACUCCAUGAUCUGCAUCUCUGUUGUUGCGUCGAUGUGCAGCCUACUGGCCAUUGCUGUGGACAGGUAUGUCACUAUCUUCUAUGCGCUGAGAUACCACAACAUCAUGACAGUGAGGAGAGCUGGCUGCAUCAUCGGGGGAAUCUGGACCUUCUGCACGGGCUGUGGUAUCGUCUUCAUCGUGUACUCAGACACCACCCCCGUCAUCAUCUGCCUGGUCUCUAUGUUCUUCGCCAUGCUGCUCAUCAUGGCCUCCCUCUACAGCCACAUGUUCAUGCUGGCCCGCUCACACGUCAAGCGCAUCGCAGCCCUGCCCGGCUACAACUCCAUUCAUCAGCGGGCCAGCAUGAAGGGCGCCAUCACGCUGACCAUCCUGUUGGGGAUCUUCAUCGUCUGCUGGGCUCCCUUCUUCCUGCACCUGAUCCUAAUGAUCUCCUGUCCGCGCAACCUCUACUGCGUGUGCUUCAUGUCCCACUUCAACAUGUACCUCAUCCUCAUCAUGUGCAACUCUGUGAUUGACCCGCUCAUCUACGCCUUCAGGAGUCAGGAGAUGAGGAAGACUUUUAAGGAGAUCAUCUGCUGCUGCUGCAGCCUGAGAAACGCCUGCACCAGCAUCUGCGACCUGACAGGUAAGUACUAA